AUGGCAGAUAAUCCUCAGUUAGAUUCGAUGGGUCCUCCGGGCGAUGCAAUCGAUUUCGCUAUCAAAGAUACCCCUCUUACGACCGAAUUAUUAGGAGAUGAUCAAACGAAUGUAGCUCCCACCUCAGCUACUUCUUCGAAACCCCCCUUCCUACCAUCUCUUCGAACUGUAUCGGAUCCUGAUGGAUUAGCCACGAUGACAGCAUCUUCCACACCUCUGGGCAUGUUAGCGAACGCGAGAAGACCAAGACCCGGUCCCUUGGUACCGGGGGCCAGAUCUUCACAAGUAGGAAGACAAACUGGUGGCGGUUUACCUACUUCGAUGGCAGAAAAAAUGAAAGCAUUUCACGCAUCAAGACAAGGAACACCUUCUCCACGGUCACAGACAUCUUCGACAGUCUCAACACCAGGAGAUCCAGGUCCACCUAUUAUCGAUGGCUUGCCUGGAGGAUUACAAUCACCACCGAAUGUGCGUCCUUCACCACAAAGUGUUGCUUCUGCCCCGGUUAUUCCAAUGAAAAUGGGUGGUGGGUUGAGUGCAAGAAGAGGAAUGAAAUUACCUGGUGGUUUACCUCCAGCUCCAGCUACACCAGCUUCGGAAACAAAUGGUGCACCGGAUGCUUCAAAUGGUGGUUCUAUGUUCAGCCAAUUUUCAAAAUAUGUUGAUACUAAGAGUGGAACCUUGAAGUUUGCAGGAAAAGCAGUCAUUCAUGGAAAUGGUAUCGAUUUUGCGAAUGGAACUAAUUUCAGUAUAUCGUUGGAUGAAGUUGAUACUCUGGAAGAACUGGGUAAAGGUAAUUACGGUACUGUUUACAAAGUUCGACACGCAAGACCACGAAUGCGGAUGCCAGGAUUGGGUCUCGCAGGAAAUAAAUCCUCUCCUUCACUGGAUACCGAUGAUGCCGAGGUCAAACCAAUUGGAGAUACAACUGGUGUGGUAAUGGCAAUGAAGGAACUUCGCCUGGAACUUGACGAAGCCAAAUUCGCUGCCAUUAUCAUGGAAUUGGAUGUCCUUCAUAGAUGUCUGAGCCCCUAUAUCAUCGACUUUUACGGAGCAUUUUUCCAAGAAGGUGCAGUUUACAUCUGUAUAGAAUUCAUGGAUGGUGGAUCGAUCGAUAAAAUCUAUGGUGAUGGUAUUCCUGAAAAUGUCCUAAGGAAAAUCACAUAUGCCACGACUCAAGGUUUAAAGACUCUCAAAGACGAACACAACAUUAUUCAUCGAGACGUCAAGCCAACCAAUAUCCUCGUAAACACCAAUGGACAGGUCAAAAUCUGCGAUUUCGGAGUAUCGGGAAACUUAGUGGCUAGUAUUGCAAAGACAAAUAUUGGUUGUCAGUCAUAUAUGGCACCAGAGAGAAUAUCUGGUGGAGGGAUUUCUCAGGCUGGUGCAAAUCCAGGAGGUGGAACGUAUAGUGUACAAAGUGAUAUUUGGUCCUUGGGAUUAAGUGUUAUUGAGUGUGCGAUGGGAAGAUACCCAUACCCGCCUGAGACAUAUAAUAAUAUCUUCUCACAAUUGAGUGCAAUCGUCGACGGUGAACCACCAGACCUUCCAGCAGAAGGCUUCUCCCCAGUCGCUCGCAACUUUGUUCGCGGAUGUCUCAACAAGAUCCCAAAGAUGCGACCUACAUAUGGAGAUUUACUCCAACACCCCUGGCUUUCUGAACUUACAAAACCUAGCACGAUAUCUGAGGAGGAUGAGGAUGAAGACGAAGACAAUGUCGAUUUGUCUAGCUUAAGUCUCCAGGAUCAAUCACAAGAUAAAUCCAAUGGUAUCUUGACAGGAACGGAAGAUUCUGAAGUUGCGAAAUGGGUUAGGAAUGCGAUUGAGAGGAAGGCCAAUGGUUUGAUGGGUACGCAUGCGCAACCUGCGCUACACAAGGCGCCGUUGGAUACGGUUACUCCUAUACCAAACCCAAGUUGA